CUAGCUGCCUCAUCCCGCAAGCAAGGGUGCACUGGAAGCUUACCAUUGAAUUGUCGGGACUCUAUUGUUUUUUUUUUUUGCGCUUUAUUGGUCAAGCAAGGGCGAAAUUUCUUGUUUGCACAAAUAGUACUGUCUGGGUUAUUAGCUUCUGCAUUUGGAAUUCAUUUAUGCAAACAGUGCUAAUGAUAAAAAGGCUUAAAGAGCCUAUCGCCGAAAAGAGGAAACUACGCGGACUUAAGUUACACUGAACAAUCGUGUGGAAAAGCCGGCAGAGAUAACAUUGGUGAUUACAGUCUUCGAAGUCUUGUCAUGAGAACGACAUGUAAAAUGCCUGAGUUAAGAAAUUGGUGCCAUCCAUAGUUCCACGAAAAAAAAAGGGGCUAAGAAGAAGAGGAACUGGUGGAUUCUAGCAACAUUCGACGCCAGAGUGAGAGGAAAAGACUGCUAAUCAACUGCGCAAAGCAGUCCUGAUUCAAAACCAGCACUGUAAAAUUGGUUUCAAUCUAAAGCCAUAAAGAUGAACAAUUCGAGUGUUGCGCUAGCAUGCAGGAACAUUUCUGGGAUAAUACGAUGUAGGAAACCUGGGCCAGGAAGUUUCCCGCCAGAAAUCCAAGACCUUCUUAAGCUCGACGCAAACUUAAAGCCUAUCUUUACAGGAUUGACAUUCAGCUGCAUAGCAAUAGCACUUCUUGGCAACAUGCUGAUAAUACUGACUAUUCUACGGGACAAGAGAAUUCGCGGGAUGGCGCACAUAUUCCUUCUUAACAUCGCCGUCUCGGAUAUUCUCUACAGCGUGGUCAAUCUAGCAGGCGCCAUUCUUAGCCAUGCAAUGACGCCCCAAGCGCUCAAAGCUAACAACUGUUUAAUCCACAAACCCUUGGUUACCGCCAGGUUUGUUUGCUACGCUGCAUCGGUGUUUUCUAUCGCUACCCUGAGCGUGGAGCGCUGGUACGCCAUCUGUCAGCCGUUUGCAGCCGCGCGUAAGACGGUGCAGAAGAAAAAGCUAAAAAUACUCAUCUUCGCCGUAAUUUGGAUUCUGUCGUUUGCUGUGGCGUUCCCGCUUGCCCUCUGUGAGACUGGACAUGAGAAAGUUCACGCCAUUGUACUGGCGUCAACCCUACUUGUUCUGCCCUCCCUGAUAAUUCUUUUCGCCAAUGGAAUGAUCAUUCUCUCCAUUAAGAACGCAGAUAUCUUUGAAGUUAGUGAGCAUGGGAAUGAAGGCAGGAGAAAAAGGGAUAGCUUACUGAAACUCUUGGUCGCCAUAAUAAUCAGUUUUAUUGUUUUCUGGUUGCCUUACAACGUGUUGUACCUGUACCUGCAGUUUGCCUCCAGACCUCCCUUAGUCACAGUCAUCAAGCUAGGAAUAAUCUCCAGAGCAGUUACCGUCACUUCGUAUUUUCAUCCCGCGCUUAAUGCAUUUCUUUAUUAUGGGUUUUGUAAGGAUUUCCGCCGUGGUUUGAGAGAUUUGAUCAGGAAGUCGGGAAUUUGUCUGUAAAGCGUCUAAUCACAUAAAACCACGACAAAACCCGCUAACCUAACGAUCGGAAGAUGUCAAUAAACCUACGGUCUUCAUGGUUGAUUAAAACCUAGGUCUGUCCCUCCUAGAAAUAUCCUUUUGUAUUGAAAACACUUAAUCUAAAAAAGAAACUCAUUUAACAAACGAAAAACAACUCAUUUAAGGAAGUGUAUCUAGAAUAAUGGACUAUUCGUGAUCAUUUUGCUGAACAGAAUAAAAUGGAGAUUUAGUUGAAAUUUCAAUCUUAUUAUUAAAUCAAAAGGUUUAUCUAAUAUUUCCAUAUUUAAUCAAGGUAGUUACACUGUAAAACGUAAGUGUAUUCAUUUUAAACAACAAUAAAAUAGGAAAUUGUAGAGAACGAGAGUAGGUAGCGAUUUCAAAGAAAACUUACAUCCUUUCGUUUAGUGGUUUAACUGGAUUGUGCUAAAAUUACUAUUUAUCAGGAAUUCGGAUAUCAUAUAUAUUAGAUACUGUACGACGAUGUUACGUCGCGGGAGGCACGUGUCCCGGGGACUCUGCAAAUGGCUUGUUAUGGUCAUUUGCGCAUAGCUCUUUCUCUUGUUUUUUUUUUUUUUCAUUAGAAUUUAAUUCAAUAUAAUGGUUGUUAUUACGUAUCCUGAUUCGCAAGUUUCUGUAAAAACAUAAGUGUAUAAAAGGAUUGUAAGAACUUGUGCAAUAAAUGUUAAUGUUAGUUUU